UUCUUUUCAGUGACUUCUUUUUCAGUUGUUAAAAAAAGAUACGGGCAACUAAAAUGGUAAUUUAUUUUGAACUUGUUUUAACUGCAUCCAUUUUUUGUUACGUGGGUGCGAUUCCCAUAAAAGAAAAUUUUAAAGAUAUUGAAAAUGUUAAUAAGCCAUUAGUAAAAGAUAUAGCGAAAGUGACGACAGAAGAAUAUGGGGACGAAAUAAUAAAAUACAUUAAACAGAUGGUUGACAACGUGGUUAAAAAAACAAUCAAUCAUGAGAUCAAUGAAAUUAAAAGCAUCAAAAAAGAUGAUAAGUCAAUUAGUGAUGACGAUAAAGAUAAAAUAUUAAUGUUGACAGAAGAAACAGAAAAGUUAGGUGAAACUGCAAGAGGCAUCCAUUUUGAAAAUGCUGUUGAAGUUUUUGAGAAAAAAAUGAAGCUUAUGGAACCCAAAGAUAUCACAAAUCCAGAGACUUUUGUAGAAAAACAGCUGCAAGCGUUAGUAGAGCAAAAAGCUGAAGAUGUGAACAAACGAAUUGACAUUAUUGAGGGAGAUAUAAUACGAACAAAAGAGUUAAACGAUGUCAUUAGUAAUCAAAAACGCAACUUAUAUAAUGGUGUUAAGUGGGGAUUGUUAAUUCCUUAUCAAUUACCUGUGAAAAUUGAGGGAGAUGGUAAAAUGGAACGUGCAAUAAAUGAAGCAAUGAGAGAAAUCAGUAGUGUCAGUUGCAUCAGAUUUAUUAAACGAAAGAAUGAUGGUUCCUCUGAUGAUAAUGUGGGUGUCAAUGGGCUUCCAGAGUCUUACUUGAACUUUAUCCAAGGAAAAGGUUGUUAUUCCCCUGUUGGAAACCAAGAAAAUGGAGGUCAAGAUAUUUCUAUUGAUUUAGAUUGCAGUUAUAAAGGUACAGUGAUGCAUGAAAUUUUACAUGCGCUUGGUUUUUAUCAUGAACAAUCAAGACUGGACAGAGAUGAUUAUGUUAAAAUAAAUUUUGAAAAUGUGAUAGAAAAAAUGGCUGAUAAUUUCAAAAAAUAUGAAGUUGGCACAGCAGACACUCAAGGAUUCAACUAUGAUUUAGCUUCUAUAAUGCAUUAUGGAGAUAAUUAUUUCUCAAAAAAUGGCCUAAAAACAAUAGAAGUGAUUGGUAGAAAAGAUAUUACAAUUGGUCAAAGGGAGUUUCUUAGUGACUCUGACAAACAAAAACUAAAUAAAUUUUAUUGCACUGAUUAUCAAGAAGAAUACAAUAAAAAAAAUCUUUCAAGAAUGAAAGACAACAUAUACGCUGCUUACUAAAUAAUUCAACUCGAUGUUCACUUAUCUUCGCUGCUUUGCCGACCUACAUUUCAAUAAAAUCAAUGUUUCAAUUGUUUUAGAAUAAUAGAAAAAUAAUAACCUCAAAUUAA